AUGCCGUCUACAAUUUUAUCAAAUAUAUCCAAUAUCGAUGGAAUGAGAGAAAAUUCUAAAAAAAGUGGAAUAAAAUCUUCGACAAAGCAGAAAAAACAAAAAAAAAAUUCUCAAUCUAAAACAGUUACGUCAAAUGAGGAUAAAAAGAAAGCUUUGAAGAGAUAUUUUAGAAAAAAAGUUUACAGACCAAUAAUAAUUAGAAGAAUAUUAUCAAGCAAAGUUGUUAAAAAGAGAAUAAUAUUUACUUACAAUGAUGAUAAAGGAAAUAUAAUGCAGGGAAUCAUGGAAGAUUUAAUAGAAAAUGAACAGUAUGCGAAUCUUGUUUUUGAGUUUCUUAACAGAAGACGUGGUUCACUUACAACUCAUUUUGAAUGUGGUUUAUACGAUGACAUGAACGGUUGA